AGUAUGGAUUGACAGUUGAAAAGUCGUGAAAGAGCAUGAGUGAUGAGAUGGUGCUAGGUGGUGAAAAUCAAAUUGAAAUGGUGCGGUAUGGCGUAUGCAGGUUCAAUGAACCUAGCAAAUACAGUAGACUUGAUAGCAUAAUAGUUUCUUUGUAAGUGGUUAGAAUCAGAUAAUAGUUAUGGCGUUUUCAGAGUUCCGUAGACUGGACGAGAGGUCGGUGAUAGAGUACGUAAAGGGCGUCCCUGCCCUGGCGUCGAAGCUGCAGCUGGCUGAGGCUGAGGCUGAGGCUGAUGCUGAUGCUGAUCAUAACAUAACCGUCAAAGAGAUCGGAGAUGGUAACCUCAACUUUGUGUUCAUCGUCGUCAACUCUGCGUCUAAGGCUUCCAUUAUCAUCAAGCAGGCUCUGCCCUACAUUCGUUGCAUAGGGGAAUCGUGGCCUCUGACAAAGGACAGAGCAUACUUUGAGGCCACGGCGCUGGAGGAGCAGGGUCGCCUGGCCCCAAACCAUGUCCCACAAGUUUAUCAUUUCGACCUUACCAUGUCCUUAAUCGCCAUGCGCUACCUGGAACCUCCCCACAUCAUACUCCGAAAAGGCCUCAUUGCUGGAAUUCAGUAUCCACUCCUCGCACCCCACAUGGCACAUUUCAUGGCCAACACUCUCUUCUUUACUUCUCUCCUCUUCCGCUCCACACUAGACCACAAAAGGGAAGUUGCCAAAUUUUGUGGGAAUGCCGCCAUGUGCAGGCACACCCAGCAGGUUGUUUUCUCCGACCCUUUUCAAGUUUCUCAAUACAAUCAUUGGUCCUCUCCUUAUCUUGAUCCUGAUGCCGAGGCUCUUCUUCAAGACAAUCUCCUCAAACUUGAAGUUGCUCACCUCAAAUCUAUCUUCUCUGAGAGGGCCCAGGCACUGAUACAUGGAGAUCUACAUACUAGUUCUGUCAUGGUUACUCCUCAAUCAACCCAAAUCAUUGAUCCAGAAUUUGCAUUUUAUGGACCAAUGGGUUUUGACAUUGGUGCAUUCUUGGGGAACCUCAUCUUGGCUUUCUUUGCUCAGGACGGGCUUCUGGAUCAAUCUAAUGAUCGAAAAGCAUACAAGGAGUGGAUUCUUCAGACAAUUGAAGACACUUGGAAUCUUUUUUACGAAAAAUUCAUUGCACUUUGGGAUGAACACAGAAAUGGUGCUGGUGAGGCAUAUCUUCCGGCAAUUUAUAACGAUCCUGAGGUCCUGCUUCUGGCGCAGAGGAGAUACAUGUCAGAUUUGUUUCAUGACAGUCUUGGAUUUGGUGCUGCCAAAAUGAUAAGGAGAAUCGUUGGUGUGGCUCAUGUUGAGGAUUUUGAAUCCAUUACCGAUGCUGCUAAACGGGCUACCUGUGAACGGAAGGCACUUAAUUUGGCUAAGAUGCUUCUCAAAGAUAGAAGAAAGUUUGAAGGCAUUGCCGAAAUUGUUUCAGCUAUUCGGCAAUUCUAGUCUACACAAGGUUUUGCUAAGUCGGGUACUGUGAUCGUCAAUAUUAGCUCUCCUGAAGAUUUUGGUUGAGGGUGUACCACAACCACUAGUUAACUGUUUCAGACUUUCAGUUUCCUGCCAACAUAUGUAUAGAUAGUUAUUAUGUUUCUUCUACGAGUGUUGUUUUAUACUCAAUAAUCACUGAUUGUCAUAUUUAUUGCCCACCCUUACUACUCGUAAAAGUUUAGGGUUUAUUUCAUGGUUUUGUUUUUAAUCA